AUGUCAAAUCAAUUAACCAAUGCCCCGCCAUCCUCGGCCACAGAUGCUGUCCUCGUCGCCUCAGACCCCGUCCCCGAGGGCACUCACAAGGUCAGUGGGGUAGACUUUGAGCGUUUCAAGGGCCGCGAUAUCACCGUCGCCGAGCUGGUAGACAACAUGAAGUACACGGGCUUCCAGAGUAGCGCUGUUGCUGAUGCAGCACGGAUCAUAAACGAAAUGCGUGCCUACCGUCAUCCUGAAACCGGUGACAAGACUACGAUAUUCCUCGGCUACACCUCGAACUUGAUAUCUUCCGGCCUACGAGACACUAUCCGCUAUCUAGUUCGCAACCGUCAUGUUUCCGCCAUCGUGACAACUGCCGGUGGUGUUGAGGAGGAUCUGAUCAAGUGUCUAGCUCCCACAUACAUGGGUAACUUCACAGCCCCUGGUGCUGGUCUGCGGGCGAAGGGGCUCAACCGGAUUGGCAACCUCAUCGUCCCCAAUAGCAACUACUGUGCUUUUGAAGACUGGCUGGUACCCAUCCUGGACAAGAUGCUGGAGGAGCAGGACGCUGCCAACAAAAAGGCCCUGGAAACAGGAAACGAGGAGGACGAGCUACACUGGACGCCCAGUCGUAUAAUUGAGCGCUUAGGCCACGAAAUCAACCACGAGGACUCGGUGCUUUACUGGGCUGCCAAAAACAAGAUUCCCAUAUUUUGCCCCGCGCUUACUGACGGCUCGCUCGGCGACAUGCUGUAUUUCCACACUUUCCGCGCAUCCCCAAGUCGCCUUCGAGUCGAUAUCGUCGAUGAUCUGCGCCGUAUUAACACCAUGGCUGUGCGAGCCGCCCGGGCUGGAAUGAUUAUUCUCGGUGGAGGGGUGGUCAAACACCAUAUUGCGAAUGCUUGUCUGAUGCGGAACGGUGCAGAGCAUGCGGUAUACAUCAACACAGCACAGGAGUUUGAUGGAAGUGAUGCGGGUGCUCGUCCAGACGAGGCCGUAAGCUGGGGUAAGAUCAAGACCGAUGGCCACUCCGUCAAGGUGUACGCCGAAGCGACAGUGGUGUUCCCGCUUAUUGUCGCAGCAACAUUUGCACGAGCAGGACAAUCGCCGCCAGCUGGCAAGGAAUCACAAAACUAA